GAAACACUGAUCAUCAGUCGUUAGUGCUGCGCUGCCAGUGAGCAGUCCACUGCGUCUGCGCAGAAUUCGUGGAAAAUUAAUUAAAAAGUGAUUAAUCGAUUUUCGACUUAAUAUUUAUUAGAAGAGAAACGAUUUUUUAAUAUGUCGAAGGUUUUGAGUCGAGAAUUACCGGAUAUCGAGAAUCUACUAAAGUUAAAUCCGACUGUAAAACCCUACAGUAAUUUGGUGCCGUCAGCCCAAACCAAGAAGAACAAACAGCACUGGAAAAGAAAUGCCGACAGGAAAUGUGGUACAUGUCCGACUUUGGAGAAAAACUUCGAUGACAUCAAACACACGACGCUGUCAGAACGUGGAGCGUUGAAGGAGGCUGCCAGAUGUCUGAAGUGUGCGGAUGCCCCUUGCCAAAAGUCCUGUCCUACGCAGAUCGAUGUGAAGAGUUUCAUUACUAGCAUCGCUAAUAAGAACUACUAUGGAGCAGCGAAAGCCAUCUUAUCCGACAACCCCCUGGGCCUCACAUGCGGUAUGGUUUGCCCCACCAGCGACCUGUGCGUUGGCGGCUGCAACCUGCACGCCAGCGAAGAAGGUGCCAUCAACAUUGGGGGGUUACAGCAUUUUGCCGUAGAAAUAUUCAUGAAAAUGGGCAUACCUCAAACCCUGGACCCCAAUACAAAGCCUUUGGCCAAAGGUGGAGACCAGAAGAUCGCUUUAAUAGGAGGUGGUCCUGCCAGUCUCAGUUGCGCUUGCUUCCUGGCUAGACUUGGAUACAAAGAUAUCACUGUUUAUGAGAAGGAACAAUAUCUUGGAGGACUUAGUUCAUCAGAAAUUCCUCAAUAUCGUCUGCCAUACGACGUGGUGCAGUAUGAAAUAGAUCUAAUCAAGAAUCUUGGAGUCAAAUUCCUUACUGGUAGAAAGCUUUCCACUAAGGACAUAACUGUUGACAGUCUCUUGAAAGACCACGCAGCAGUUUUUCUGGGCAUUGGUAUGCCAGAGCCCAAAAGUAUACCAAUCUUCAAAGAUUUGACACCAGAUAUGGGCUUUUACACUAGCAAAGAUUUCCUGCCGCUUGUAUCUAAAGGAAGCAAGAGAGGUAUGUGUGCCUGUAAAACAUCUUUGCCCGAGUUGUACGGCAACGUGAUAGUACUGGGCGCAGGAGACACAGCAUUCGACUGCGCCACUUCGGCUUUGCGUUGCGGUGCCAGACGAGUGUAUGUGGUGUUCCGGAAGGGCUUUACCAACAUCAGAGCCGUGCCUGAAGAGGUAGACCUUGCUAAAGAAGAAAAAUGUGAAUUCAUACCUUUUAUGUCACCUCAAGAAGUUAUCGUUAAAAAUGGGAAGAUUGCAGCCCUAAAAAUGUGUCGAACGGAGCAAUUGGAUGAUGGCGAAUGGAUAGAGGAUUCAGAUCAAGUUAUGCAACUGAAAGCUAACUUUAUCAUAUCUGCAUUCGGUUCUGGACUCUAUGAUUGCGACGUAAAGGAAGCAAUGUCAGGCGUGAAACUCAAUCGCUGGGGUCUGCCUGAAGUGGACAGUACGUCAAUGCAGAGCGUCAGUAAUCCCAAAGUGUUCGUGGGAGGCGAUUUAGCGGGACUAGCGGAGACUACAGUAGAAUCCGUGAACGAUGGCAAAUCCGCUGCUUGGUACAUGCACUGCUAUUUACAGGGUAUACCAUUCGAUUCACCAGUGGAGCUGCCAAAGUUCCACUGCCCUAUAGACGACGUAGACCUCUCAGUGGAGGUGUGCGGCAUAAGGUUCGAGAACCCCUUCGGUCUGGCCAGCGCGCCCCCUACUACCAGCUCUGCAAUGAUCCGGCGCGCCUUCCAACAGGGCUGGGGCUUUGUUGUCACCAAGACCUUUGGCCUUGAUAAGGAUUUAGUAACCAACGUAUCACCUCGAAUAGUCCGCGGCGUGACGUCGGGAGAGAACUACGGUCCAGGACAAGGGUCUUUCCUGAACAUUGAGCUUAUAUCGGAGAAGUGCGAAGCUUAUUGGUGUCAGAGUAUACAGGAACUGAAACGGGACUUCCCCACGAAGGUUAUAAUAGCAUCAAUAAUGUGCUCGUACAAUGAACAAGACUGGACAGAGCUGGCGCAAAAGGCGGAAAAAUCUGGCGCUGAUGCUUUAGAGCUCAACUUGUCAUGUCCUCACGGUAUGGGCGAGUCUGGGAUGGGACUUGCGUGUGGUCAGGAUCCAGUUUUAGUGAAGGGAAUAUCACAAUGGGUUCGCAAAGCAGUAAAAAUUCCCUUCUUCGUCAAGUUAACUCCAAACAUCACAGAUAUCGUGACCAUCGCCGUUGCAGCAUAUGAAGGUGGUGCUGAUGGGGUGUCGGCAAUCAACACGGUGUCCGGUUUGAUGUCCGUCCGAGCAGAUGCUACUCCGUGGCCUCAAGUUGGUCGAGAGAAGAACACCACGUACGGCGGUGUAUCGGGCAACGCGACUCGUCCGAUGGGCCUGCGAGCGGUGUCGGCGAUCGGCAACGAGCUGGCCGGCUUCCCAGUGCUGGGCAUCGGCGGCAUCGACUCCGCUGACUCGGCUCUGCAGUUCAUAAUGUGCGGAGCACCUGUUGUACAGAUUUGUAGUGCAGUACAAAAUCAAGACUUUACCGUCAUAGAAGACUAUGUAACGGGCCUCAAAGCGUUAUUGUAUCUACGGUCGUUGGGACUCGACGGCUGGACUGGACAAUCGCCGCCGACUGCCAAACAUCAGAAAGGCAAACCAGUUCAGACUUUGUAUGAUGAGAAUGGCAAGGUCCUCGCUCAUUUCGGCCCUUACAACAAAAAACGCGAAGAAAUACUCCACAGCAUAAGACAAAAGUCUUCCAUAUUAGAUAACCCACCGGAUUGUCCGUUAAAGAAGAAUGCAGAGAACGGGUAUGCCACAGUACCUCGGAUAAAGGAUAUUUUGGGCGAAGCUUUACCCAGAAUAGGGGCUUAUAAGAAAUUGGACAAUACGAAGCAAGUGGUGGCACUUAUUGAUGACGAUAUGUGUAUCAACUGCGGUAAAUGCUACAUGGCCUGUGCGGACUCAGGAUACCAGGCUAUUGAAUUUGAUCCUGAAACUCAUAUCCCGCGUGUGACAGAUGAUUGCACGGGAUGUACGCUGUGUCUGUCUGUAUGUCCCAUCAUUGAUUGCAUAUCGAUGGUUCCAAAGAAAAUACCGCACAUUGUCAAAAGAGGUCUGCAUUACGAAGUACACCCUGUGAAACCUUUGGAUGGAGUAUGCCAAUAGGAAGGACUAUAAAUGAAAAAAUAGUAUAAUAUUUAGUUAAAAAAUCUUUUAUAUUAAAAACUGUAAAAAAAUAUAAUACUUUAUUACUUAAUAUAA